AUGAAGAAUACUUCAACUCCAAUGCCUAUGCACUUCAAACUGUCAAAGGAGCAGGCAGCCAAAGGUGAUGAAGAAAGGAAGGAAAUGGAUGCAAUUCCAUAUUCUAACAUCAUUGGGAGUUUGAUGUACCUGAUGAUAUGCACAAGACCCGACAUGGCUCAUGCUAUAAAUGCAACAAGUCGUUACAUGGCAGACUAUGGCAGACAGCACUGGAGUGCUCUCAAGUGGACUUUGAGGUAUUUGGGAGGUGCUAGUAACCUGGGAAUUUUGUUUACUGAUCAAGGUAGAGCUGAGGAAGAAGCUUUGCAAGGUUAUUGCGACUCAGAUUAUGCCGCGAGCAUUGAUACAAGAAGAUCGCAGACUGGCUACAUAUUCACUUUGUUUGGUGCUGCUAUAUGUUGGAAGUCGAGUUUGCAGAAUGUGGUUGCUUUAUCCACCACUGAAGCUGAGUAUAUAGCACUGACCUCAGCAGUGAAAGAAGGCAAAUGGUUGCUCGGUCUCGUUGGAGAGUUCAAUGUGCAGCAGACUGGAGUCACCAUACAUUGUGACAAUAAUGGAGCAUUGUGUUUAGCCAAACACCAGAUGUUCCACGAGCGCAGCAAACACAUCGAUGUUAGGCUGCAUUUUAUACGUGAUGAAGUCGAAAGUGGGAAAGUGAAGCUGGUGAAGAUAGGCACAACUCACAAUCCCGCAGACAUGUUGACAAAGCCUUUGAGUAAGGAAAAGUUUAGAUAUUGCUGCAGAUUAGUGAGUAUGCAUCAGAUGGUAUUUUGA